GUUCUGCCUCAGGUCAAAGUUCAUAAUGGAGGACAGCAGGGAGCCGGAGUCCUUGGUGUUCAUCUGGAGGGUCCGUUCAUCAGUCUGGAGAAGAAAGGAGCUCACCCUGAGAAGUACCUCCGCACCUUCCAGUCCGGAGGGAUAAAGGACCUGCUGGAGGCCUACGGCAGCCUGGACAACGUUACCAUGGUGACGCUGGCUCCGGAGCUGGCCAGCAGCCAAUCAGUGGUGAGGGAGCUCUGCAAGAGGGGCGUCACCGUGUCGCUAGGUCACUCUGUAGCCAACCUGUCUCAGGCUGAGGAAGCUGUUCAGCACGGAGCUUCCUUCAUCACUCACCUCUUCAACGCCAUGCUGCCUUUCCACCAUCGUGACCCUGGUAUCGUGGGUCUGCUGACCAGUGAUCAGGUCCCUGCAGGCAGGACGGUGUAUUACGGUAUGAUCGCUGACGGGAUCCACACCAACCCUGCUGCUCUACGUAUCGCUCACAGAGCUCAUCCAUCAGGUUUGGUGUUGGUGACGGACGCCAUCACAGCGAUGGGUCUUCCUCAAGGUCGGCACACUCUGGGCCAGCAGGUCAUAGAGAUCCAGGGUCUCCAUGCUUACGUGGCAGGCACUAAAACGUUGUGCGGCAGCAUCGCCACCAUGGAUAUGUGUGUGCGGCACUUUAAACAGGCUUCAGGCUGCAGCGUAGAGGAAGCUCUGGAGGCAGCUUCCCUUCAUGCUGCUCAGCUUCUGGGUCUCAGCAGGAAGGGAAACCUGGACUACGGCUCAGACGCAGACCUCAUUCUGCUCGAUGACGACCUCAACGUGAAGUCCACCUUUAUCUCUGGAGAGGAGGUUUGGAGAAGAGGACAGUAGAAGAAGAAGGAGGAGGAGGAGGAGGAGAAGAAGGAGGAGGAGGAGGAGAAGGAGGAGAAGAAGAAGAAGGAGGAGGAGAAGAAGGAGAAGAAGGAGGAGAAGCCUGCAGAUAGAAACCGGACUGACAGCUGGGACCUUUGGGUGCCUUCGGGGGGGAGAACCAAAAAUCUGUUGAAUGUUUUAAUUCAUCAGAGUUUAUCUUCAGGUGUUUUUAUCAACGGUCCGUCUGUCAGUGGAAGAAGCUUUUUUAAUUUUCUGUAUUCUCCAUUUCAAACGUUACUUUACAUGUUGUAAGGUGAGUUUUUCUGCACCUGUUUCAAUCUGGGCAUUAAAGAAAUCAAGUGGAAACAGAGAAGAUUCAAUAUGUGAAAAUGAGUUGAGAUGUAAACGUUUGGUGUUAAAGUGAAGAUGAAGGGAUGAAAGUGAAUAAAUGAAGGGAUGAAAGUGAAUAAAUGAUAAGAUAUUUAUUAUUUAUUAGACCAACGAGCAGCAAAGUGGGUUAAUUAAAAAAAGGAAGUACAAUAAAAGCAAUAAAAACAAUAGUAGUAACAGGAAGGAAAGAUAGAAGGAAAGAAACGAAGACAGGAAGGAAGGAAAAGAAGACAUGAAGGAAGGAAAAGAAGACAUGAAGGAAAGAUGGAAAGAAGGAGGGAAGAAAGAAGGAAGGAAAGGAAGACAAGAAGGAAGGAAGUAAAAAGUGGGGAAUAAAGAAGGAAGGAACAAAGAGACAAAGGAAGGAAAGAAGGAAAAGAACACAGGAAGGACGGAAGAUAAGAAGGAAGGAAGGAACAAAGACAAAGGAAGGAAAGAUGGAAGGAAGGAAAAGAAGACAUGAAGGAAAGAUGGAAAGAAGGAGGGA